AUGAAGAAAGAUAAAAUAAAAGAAAAAUAUAUAAAAGCUUUGUUCAUUGAAGUUGAAAACGAUAAGAUACAAAAUAAUGUAGAGCAGUCUACUUAUAAUUUUUUUUCUAGUGUAAAUUAUGAUAUAUAUGUUUUCAAUAAGAAAUUUUAUAAAUUGAAAAAUUUGUAUGAGGUCGAUAUUAAGAAGACAUUAUUAUUAUACUUAUUUAAAUAUAAUUUUUAUAUUCCUAAAAUAAUAAAAAGAAUAAUUUUCAAAAAAAUUUUGCUCCAAAAUGAGAGUAAAGAUAUUCAAAAUUUUAACUACAACAUUUAUCUCUUAUUGUCUUAUAUAAAAAAUCCAAAUAUUAAUGAAACAACUCAAAAAAUAAUUGAUUUAGACGUAUUCAGAACGAGAAUUAAUAAAGAAAAUGAAAAAACUGUAUAUUUUUUUAACCUUUUUUUAAAUUACGCUUGUAGUUAUUUCCAAUUUAAAUAUAAGCAGGGGUUAAAUGAAGUUUUAGCUCUUUUUUUUUAUCUAAAAGGGAAAUAUUUUAAUAUGAUUGAUGUUUAUUUCUGUUUUCAAAAUUUUGUUGAGAAGUUUCUAAAAGAAUUUUAUUAUGAUGAUGAAUUUUUUUUUUUACAAAUAUCAUUUUAUCUCUUUAAACUAUUAAUUAAAUACCAUGAUCCUUUGUUAUCAGAAAUAUUAGAAAAGAAUAAAAUGACGCCAGAAAUUUAUGCUUCUUCAUGGUUUUUGACUUUAUUUGCAUCAAAAAGCAAUCUCAGAAUUUUAAAUAUAAUAUACUUAAUUUUUUUAUUGGAACAUAACCCUUUUUUUUAUUUUUUUUUUUCUUUAGCUCUUUUAAUCUUACAUAGAAAUGUAUUUUUGUGUGUAGAUAAUUCAAAUUUACCAGAAUUAUUAAGUAAAAUAAAUAUUUUUAAUAAAAAGUUUCUAAAAAAAGUAUGGUCUUUAGGAAAGUUUUUAGAAAAAAAUACUCCUAUAUCUUUUGUUCACAAAUUAUUUUUUAUUAAGAAUAUUUUGAUUUAUUUGACGAAUGAAAAUUCAGCAGAAAAUUAUAAUAAAAAAAAUAUUUUGUUAAAUUUUUUUAAAUCAAUCGAUUAUAUGUCUAUAAAUUCCUAUGAGAUAAAAAAAAAUAUUUCUUUAGGAAAUGACAAAUAUAUAUUUUUUGAUAUUAGAUCAAAUUAUCAUUUUAAUUCAUUUCAUAUGAAAAAUUCCAUUAAUAUAGAAUUAACUAAUAAUUACAUAGAAAUAUUAAAAAAUAGAAUCGAUCUACAAAAUAAAAAUAAAAAAAUAAAAAAGGAAACAAAAAUAGUGGACAAAAAGAUAUUUUAUAUUUUAAAAAAAUACAAUAAUCAGGAAAUAUCACGAAAUGAUAAAUUACUUUUCAUUUUUUUAUUAAGGAGUAAAUAUAACUUAAAAAAUAAUAUUACAUAUGAUGAUAACAUAUUAUUAAAAAAAGUCAUUGUAAAUUCAACUGUAUCAAAUAAAAUUAAUUUUGGAGCUUUAGAGAGAAAAAAACGAAAAAGUAAUAAAAAAAAAAAAAAAAGAAAAAAAAAAAAAGAAAUAUUUAAAGGUAUAAAUUUACUAAAUGCCAAAAAAAAUCAAUUGAUUGAUUUAAAUUUAUUUUUUUUUGAUACUUAUAAAAAUAAAAAAUAUCAUAAAGUACAAAGUAAAAACUAUAGAAUUAAAUUUAAAUCAGUUGAACAAAUAAAUUAUAAGUAUAUAGAACAAAAAAAAAUAUAUAGUUGUAAAAAAUACUACUCAGAUGAUGAUAUUUUAUCAAAUCCCUUUAGUUUAACAUGUUAUUAUAUUAAAAAUAAUUUUCAUUCAAAAAUAGAAAAAGUAACUGAUAAAAACUAUACUAAAAAUCCUGAAAUAAAUAAAACAAAUACUAAUAAUUUAAAAGUUAAUAUAGAAACAUUAAAAAAUACAUAUUCAACAGAAGCAAACAAAAAAAAGGAUUUUUCAUCAGAAGAUAAUAAUUUAAUAAAUAUAUCAAAUAAAAUUAAAAAAAAAUCAGAUUUUCUUGAACAAAAUUUAAAUAUAAGCUCCUUUAAUUUAUAUUUAUUAAUAAAAGAAAAAGUUCUAAAGAAUGAAGAUUGCUUGAAAUUUUUAUUCAUAAAUAUUUUAAAUUCAAAUAAGCAUAUAAUUAUUUUGUAUGACGAGAAUUUUAAUAAUACUAAAAAUGUAAGAAAAUUUUAUUUUGAUUUAAUAUAUAAUUUAAAAUUAAAAAAUGUAUCCAUUAUUGAAGGAGGAAUUAAUUCUUUUCAUAACUUAAUUAAAAAAAAUGAAAUAAAUUUAAAAAAAAAUACAACAUCAAAAGAUAAAAAAUUUAAUGAUGUGUAUUUUUCGUGUAAUAUACAUAAGAACAGAAAAAAGUUACAUCAAUUUCAUCAAUCAAAAUUAUGUUAUUUAUGUGAAAAUAAAAAUAUUAAAAAUGUGAAGAAAAAAAUUUUAGAUGAAUUUUUUUAUGAGAUAUAUAACGACUUUACAAUUUUUGAAGAUUUCUAUUAUUUUUUGACUGAAAAAAGGGGCCAAAUUAAUUUUUUAUCAUUCAUUGAUUUAAUUAAGCAAAAAAAAUUAUUAGAAAGUAUACAUCAUAAUAAGAAAAAAGAAAAUGAAUCAUCUACAUUCCCAUUAUCAAACAUAAUCAAUUUUAUUAAAAGAAAAAAAGUUGAAAAAGAAAAGAAUACAUCUGUUUUAAGUGUGAAUAAAGAACAUAGUAGAAGUAAUGAUAAUGAUAAUGAUGAUAAUGAUGAUGAGGAUGAUGAUGAUAAUGAUAAUAAUAAUAAUAAUGAUAAUGAUAAUGAUAUUAAUAAUAAUAAUAAUAAUAAUAGCGUUGAUGAUAAUAAAUAUUUUACUCCCAGAAAGAAUAGUAAUUCUUCAUUAAAUGAAAAGGAUAUAUACAAUAAUGAUCAAAUAAAAAAAGAAUAUUUUAAUUUAAAUUACUAUCUAGAUUAUUAUAAUAAAAAGAAAAAUGAAUUUUUAAAUUUACCUUCAACUAUGGAGAAAAAGUACAUAAAAGAUGAUGAUUUAUGUAAUGUUAGGAAAAGUAGUAAAUUCAAUGAAUAUAAUUUUGAUGAGAAAAUGGAUAUAAAAACAAAAUACGAAUAUUGUAAUAAUAAUAAUAAUAAUAAUAAAGACCAUUUUAAAAAUAAUUUAAAUGAAAAAAUGCAAAAACGGAGAGAUACUAAAGAGAUAUAUAAAGAAUCGAAUGAUAACCUUUUUCAGAAAAAUCAAAAGCUUACAAGUAGUAAUGAAUAUGAAAAAAGUAAACACAAUAGUCAUUCAUAUAUAUAUAAUUUAUAUUCAUACAUUGAUAUAUUAUGUUAUAAUAAUUUAUUAUACAAAGAUAAAUGCAAAAUUUACAAUUGUUUUAUAGUUUAUGUUUAUCAACCUUUAAUUCCACAUAAUAUCAGAUCAAAUAAUAUUAUUAGUAGUUUUAUUCAAUAUGUUAAAUAUAUUAAAAAUGUUAAAAAAAACAAUAAUUUAAUAAAUGACCCCAAUAUAUAUUUAAGUUGUAAUAAAUUAAACUCAAAUUUAUUUUUUAAUUUAUCUUAUUUCCCUUUUAAUAAUUUAAGAAAAAUUAAUUACCCGAAUUCCUAUUUAAAUAGUACUCGUCAUGAAGUUGAAAAUGAAAAUUCAGUUAAGGAUAAUUUUUUAUAUCAAACAGUUAGAGAGGAAUUAACUCAAAAAAAACAACCAAUUCAUAAGAAUGAAGAUGAAGAUGAAUAUGAAGAAGAAAAAGAAAAAAAAAUAAAUCAAAGGGAAAGGAAUAAAGAAAAAAAUUAUAACUCUUAUGAUGAAAUACUAAAUGAUUCUAUUUUAAAUAAUACAUGGAUAAAAAAUAAACCUGAAUUAGGCUUAUGUAAACUAAUGAUUUAUGACCAUCUUUUAAUUUUAUAUGGAACACCGUAUUUAUAUGAUGUUAAUAUUUUAAUAGACAAAAAAAAGAAAAAGGAAGACAUAAAUAAUUAUAUUUUUAAUUGUGAUAAAGAAGAAUUAAAAAAUUUAGAAAAAAAUAAUAAUGAAAAUUAUAAUACCUUAAAUGAACAAAAUUUAAAAAAAAACUUUAAAGAAGAAAAAGAUGAGUUAAGUAGUCAUACUGAUAUUGGAAUUCUAAAUUUUUUAAAAGAAAAAAAAGAAUAUAAUAACAAAGAAUAUCAUAAUUUAAAAUAUUAUGACGAUUUAUUGCAAAAGAUGAUAAUACAUAAAUAUAAAGACUUAAAAAAAAAAGAUAUUUUAUUUAAUAUUGACUGUUAUAAAAUGAAUAGUAUUUAUUUAAAUUGGAACCUUUUGUCUGAUCAUUUAUUUAAUAGUAUAACUAAAGAGCAUAUAAAUGAUACAUAUAAUUAUUAUAAAUCAUAUUUCAAUUUAUCUAAAAAUAAUUUGUCAAAUAAAAAAGGAAAAUCAUAUUAUUCAAGUUCCUCAUCUAGUAACAAUACUUGUUCUUAUAUCUCCGAUGAACAUGAUUUCUCCUUUUCAGAUUAUCACAGUUUAUAUAUGAAAAAUAUGAAAGUAAUAAAAAAUUCAAAGAGUAUAAAUCAAAAUAAAAAAUCCAAUUAUGAAUAUCUUAAUAUGACAGUUGAUGCAAUUAAUGUUUAUGCUGUAUUUGAUUUACGCACUAUUCAUAAAAUAACAACAAAAAGAAAUUCGGAUAAAACCCUUUAUUUCUAUUUUGCAACAAACAGGAAUAUACCUUUGAUGAUUUUAAAUUUCGAAAACGAGGUCGAGGUUCAAUCAUGUGUUUAUUCAAUUAAAGAAGUAUACUCAUGUUUUGCAAAUAAGAAAUAG